AGAGCAGGAAAACCUGGAUGAUCGAGGAUCUCCAUAAACAUUGGGAGCUUGUGUGUCUCUUUCAGGUGGUCCUGGCCUUGCCCUUCCUGAUGGAGAAUCCCGUGGGGUACCUGUCCCGUUCCUUUGAUUUGGGUCGUCAGUUCCUCUUCAAGUGGACCGUAAAUUGGAGGUUCUUGCCCGAAGAAGUUUUCCAACACCGGGCUUUUCACCUGGCGCUCUUGGUCCUCCACUUCACAGCCCUGGCUUUCUUUGCAUUAAACAGGUGGCACAGAUCUGAUGAAAGCAUCUUGAGCCUGUUAAAGGAUCCAGCCAAGAGGAAGGUCCCUCCAGAACCCCUCUCAGCAAAUCAGGUCAUUUUCCCUCUCUUUACCUCUAAUUUCAUUGGCGUUUGCUUCAGCCGUUCCUUGCAUUACCAGUUCUACGUCUGGUAUUUUCACACCCUGCCCUACCUGCUCUGGUGCACGCCGCCCAAGAAGCUGGGCCACCUACUGAAAGUGCUUCUCCUAGGUUUAGUCGAACUCUCGUGGAACACAUAUCCCUCGACAGUUUACAGCUCAGCUUCUCUCCAUGUGUGUCAUGGGAUCAUCCUUCUGCAGCUCUGGCUUGGGACAAUGUCUCCCCCGGAGGAGGAGAAACCGUUGAAAAAGGUGGAAUGAAAACGACUUCAGAAGAAAGAGGGACAAUUAAGAAUUCGGAUUAAGAUUGGCCAUUGCUGAGGACAACUGACCAGGGCCCUGUUCGCAGACCUGCCCGGUGCCAGAUGUGCAUGCUGGGCGAUGCCCUGCCUUCUCUUCCCUGGGGCUCAAGAGUGGUGCCGAAUGGGAAUUGGCAGAGCUGAUCGUCACACCAAAGAUCAUGUGGAAUAUCUUGAAUAAAGGACAGUAAUGGUUCGAUAUCAA